AUGAAGCUGAUGCUAUUUCCGGUGACAAUGGUUGAAGAAUUUCCACAUGUUCUACUUCAUUAUAAUUUUUCACUCAAAAAAGAUCGCUAUUUUCUAUCACCAUAUGAAGUGGAAAUAUCAAAGCAUGGUUCACAGAGAGCUGUUUGUGAAGUUAUAUCUUCGUCGGAUUUUCUUUGCGCUUUACUUGAUAUCGACCGACCAGCAAUAAUGAAACAAAAUUCAUCUAACAUAACAUCAACAGAUUCAACAACAGCAACAGAAACACCGCCACCGACGACGGCGGCGGCGGCGGUAAAAGCGGACAGCAGUCCAUUGCCUAAUAAUGAAGAAACAAGUGGACGACGUGCACUAUCUUCAUCAUCAUCACCAUCAAUGAAUACAAAUUCGAAUGAUCCACUUUUGGCAAUGAUUCAACAACGUUUAGAUUUUAAACAUCGUUGUAUGUUUUAUUCAACUGGUCCAAUGUCAAAUUUGUGUGUAUGUGCUCUCGAUGUUGAUUACCAUUCGUCAGUUAUAUGUAACGCUAUUGGUUAUACAAAUUUACUUACAUACGAUGAAUUAAUAACGCAGAAAACUACUCAUGAAGACAACAACAACAACAACAACAACAACAAUAGUAUUCAACGAACACCAACAAAAUAUGCACAUAAAAUGCGUCAUCAACAUCGACAACAUAUUCAUCAGUGGAUUUGCCUACGAGAUAUUGUUGAUGGUUUAAUAACGUGUAAUCAUUCGCUUAAAAAUAAAAUUAUAAUGGAAACUUUUUCGAAAAUGAUUCUUUGGGUUAAACAACGAAAUGAACCCAAAGUAGAUAAAUCCGAAUCAUUAACAAUGACAACAACAAAUAUUAAAUUAUUUAAAGCACGAGCACGACAACUUAUUUGGGAUUUAAUGGCAACGAAAACUGAAGUUCGUUUUCCUCUUCCCGUUCAUGGUCGUAUACCAAAUUUUCGUUAUUGUGAAGUAGCUGCUGAAAAUGUAACAAGUUUAGACUGUUUUAAACGUGCACAUGUCAUCAAAAUUAAUCCAUCACUUGCACAAGAAUCUCUUCGUUAUCUAGCAUUAGUUUAUAAUAAAAUACUUUUAACACCUACACCGUCACUUGAUUCAGCAUUAUUUUAUAAAUUAGAACCAAAAUUUCUACGUCGUCAUCAAUUAGAAUGGGCAGCAACAAAAGCUGGUGCUGCUGAAUUAGGUACUGUUAUACAAUUACAAGCAUUAAAACAAAUUCAUGUCGAUUUAAUUAUUGUUGCCUCUGUUGUUGUCGAUCCCAUAACGGGCGCACGUAUUGGUAAAGGUAAAGGUUAUGGUGAUUUAGAAUAUGCAAUUAUGUCACAAAUGGGUUGCGUAUCAAAUAAAACAAUUGUUAUGACAACGUGUCAUGAAAGUCAAUUAAUUAACGAUAUACCAAAUCAUAUUAUGGAACAACAUGAUUUACCUGUGGAUAUUAUUGUAACACCAAAACGAUAUAUUUAUACAAAACGUUUAUUUCAACGACCAAAACGUGUCUAUUGGAAUAAACUUGAUGCUGAUAUGAUGAUAAAUAUUCCAGUUUUACAAGAAUUAAAACGAUUAGAACAACAAAAUAUUAUCAAAUCGCAAUAG